GGGCGGGCCUCCGCAUUUGUGAGAGCAGAACGGAACAGUGAGGGAGCCGGUCGGAGCGCCCGUGCGGGGCAGUGCGUGUGCGACUGCCGCUGCACGAAAAUGCACUCGGAUGCUGCCGCUGUCAAUUUUCAGCUGAACUCUCACCUAUCAACACUGGCAAAUAUUCACAAGAUUUAUCACACUCUUAAUAGGCUGAAUUUGACAGAAGACGCAGGUCAAGACGAUCACCAAACAGGAAGUCUCAGGUCUUGCAGUUCAUCAGACUGCUUUAGCAAAGUGAUGCCUCCAAGAAAAAAGAGGAGACCCACAGCUGGAGAUGACCUGUCGGCUAAAAAAAGUAGACACGAUGGCGUGUACAGAAAAUAUGAUUCUACUAGAAUAAAGACAGAAGAUGACAUGUUCUCAAGCAAAAGGUGCUUAGAAUGGUUCUAUGAAUAUGCUGGAACAGAUGAUAUUGUGGGCCCUGAGGGAAUGGAGAAAUUCUGUGAGGACAUUGGAGUUGAACCGGAAAAUGUAGUUAUGCUUGUUUUAGCUUGGAAGCUAGAUGCUCAGAACAUGGGUUACUUUACAUUGCAAGAAUGGCUAAAAGGAAUGACGUCGCUGCAAUGUGAUACAACGGAGAAGCUAAGAAAUUCUUUGGAUUACUUGAGAUCUUUAUUAAACGAACCUACUAACUUUAAACUUAUAUACAGAUAUGCAUUUGAUUUUGCACGCGAAAAGGAUCAACGAAGCCUAGAUAUAAAUACUGCCAAGUGUAUGUUAGGACUUCUGUUAGGAAAAACAUGGCCCCUGUUUCCAGUAUUUCAUCAGUUCCUAGAGCAAUCUAAGUACAAGGUUAUCAACAAAGACCAAUGGUGCAAUGUUCUGGAGUUCAGCAGAACCAUUAAUCUUGACCUCAGCAAUUAUGAUGAAGACGGAGCUUGGCCAGUGUUGCUGGAUGAAUUUGUGGAGUGGUAUAAAGAGAAACAAAUGACAUAGGAAUUUUAACUAUGCACAGCCACUCAAGGGUCUUUGUUACUACAGUUAAGUCAACCAUUAGCCAUAAACUGCUAUUUGUAUCAAAGCGCAUGCUGCUUUUCCUGCACUGUAUUCCCAUUUUCAGGGACCUUUUGGUGUUUUGCUGUUUAACAGGCCAGCUCUGCUUGCUGUGUAGCAUUGUUCUCUUUGAAGGCUGCUUUGCAUUUUGUAUCGACACUACAGAUGGUGACCUUACCAGCAUCCUCACUGUGAUUAUGUGUAUAUUGCUGUCUGAACUUUGUAUAUGUGUAUAAAAAGAAAGCUUCACCUAGGAAAUUAUUUCAGCAGAAAUGUAUUGUAAAAAAUAAUUUUUGUGGCAUAUUUCUAGCUGCAUUCGAUAACCAUGUAACUUAAUUUUUAAUUUUCACUUGAUCUCAGACGUAGCAUUUCAGG